AUGACGAGCGAAACGGUGAAUCCUUACAAUGAUGACGUAUUUGAUGAUGCUGAUAGUAAAAAUGAUGCGACACAUUUGGCAUCUCCUUUUAACUUCAAUAAACCAUAUGAAGUUGCCUUGUGUUCAAUCAUUUACCCUACUUCUUAUGAUUUGAUAGCGAAAACCCUCGAAAGCAAUGGAAAGUACGAAAAUGAGUUUUCGGUUUGGUACGAUAAACAAGAGUUCAAAUGCUCAAUCCCACAUUGCUUAUUCGAUUCACCACUGGAGCUUAUCACUAUUUUAGACUAUACUCUGACAAACACUCAAUUGGCUGCUCCACAACUUGGUUCCAGUUUUGCUGAGGUGGUGGAAGUAGAGCCUGGUUGCGAUCAGCCAACUCAUUGUCUGAAAAUUUAUGUCUACUAA